UAUCAGCAGCAGUCGAGUUGCUUCCUGUUCCUCCUCCUCCUCCUCCUCCUCCUCCUCCUCCUCCUCCUCCUCUGUAUUUGAUUAUAAAAGCUCAGAAUUUGUUUCUGCACUCAAAAUUUUCUUGUUCAAUCAAUUUCAAGAUUUUUAAUCUGGGUUCCAAACAAACAACUUGAAGACUUCCUCCCUUCACUUUUUUCUUGGUCAUUCUCUCAUGAAACCCAGUUGAUUGAAGUUAUCCAUUCACCUAUACUAAUAUACAGAUUCUGUCUCUGGGUAUUAUCAUCAUUCACAGUUAAAAAGAAAAAUGGCACUAAGACCAAUACUGUCGAGAGCAUAUAACCUAAAACCCUCUUCUCCAAGCUUCAAAAUUUGCAGCCUUGACACUCGAUGCUUCAAAAAACCAACCCAAGAACUAGUACUAACAAAAAUCAGCAGAAGAGGAAUGGUUGCAGGGGUUCUGUUCUUGUCUAAACAAGAAUUAAUGGCUGAUGGGAUAGAGUUGAGAAUGGUGGCACCUGAGCAGACAGUGGAGGAAGCAGAGAGUGGGAUCAGAAGCCAUGCACAAGCUUUGCUGGAAGUAAAGGGCUUAAUAGAGACCGAGUCAUGGGGUGAAGCACAGAAGAUGCUGAGACUGAGUUCAUCUUACUUGAAACAGGAUAUAUAUACUAUAAUCCAAGGGAAGCCUGGAAGCCAAAGACCAAAAUUGAGGAAGCUCUACUCCAAUCUCUUCAAUAAUGUGACAAGACUAGACUACGCGGCGAGGGAGAAAAAUGCAGAACGAGUUUGGGAGUAUUACCGAAGCAUUGUAGCGGCACUUGAUGAACUCUUGCCUGUACUGUGAUCCAGUUCUCUCCCACAGAGGAAAUGAAUAGUUGAGAAGCUUGCCUCCCAACUCCAUUGCAAUAUCACCGAUUCUUUUUUUUCCUCAUUUGAAGUCCACUUCACCUUGAUGAGCCAGAUUUACUAUCAUGCAUUCAAUUUAAAGAGACUCAAUACAUCUUAGUAUAUAGAACGAUUUUAAGUUCAUAUAUAUAUAUAUACAUGAUAAUAUGUAUGCUUACACCAGGCCUUUUUUUACAUGACUUUGUGAAGAAAGGGAUUAAACCAGUGAAUAAACUUACAUGUAUACAUAAUAACAUACACUCUGCUAUCGAACAAACUCAUCACAAUCUCUAUAUCUAAAUUUUAACAAAUUUGUCAGCAACCGCAAGUAUUUCUCGUAGUUAAAAGUUGUAAAUUUCUACAUAAAUUCUACAAAAGUUUUGAAUUUGUUUCAAAUAUAAUCUAAAUAAUUGGAAGUUUGAUUUGUUAUAUAGGAUCGAAUAUGCAAGAAAGUAGUAACUGUUACACAGAUAAAAAUAAGGCUUAUAAUAUUGUUUUAGUUGGCAGCAUGAUAU